AUGCACUGUGCCCGGCGUUCCCUUUCUUAUAGGCCUGCCCCCGCCACCAGUCACAGUGGCCUCUGUGACAUCAGCACCGCUGGCCCGCGUGCGCCCCAAGACCGCAGCAGGGGCGGGUACAGCGAAAGGGCGCUGGGGAAGCGGCUCCCCCGGCGCCGGCCCUGCCGGUACCUGCCGCGGCUGAGCGGCGGCCAGCUGUCGGAGCUGCGGUCGCGGCUGCGGGCGGUGAAGCACACGGUGCUGGUGCUCUCGGGGAAGGGCGGCGUGGGCAAGAGCACCUUCAGCGCGCUCCUGGCUCACGGGCUGGCGGCGGACGAGGCCAAGCAGGUUGCUCUGCUGGACCUCGAUAUCUGCGGGCCAUCCAUCCCGAAAAUGAUGGGUCUGGAAGGAGAACAGGUUCAUCAGAGUGGGUCUGGCUGGUCUCCAGUGUAUGUUGAAGAAAACUUAGGUGUCAUGUCUGUGGGGUUCUUGCUUAGUAGUCCUGAUGAUGCUGUCAUUUGGAGAGGACCCAAAAAGAAUGGUUUGAUCAAACAGUUUCUUCGUGAUGUGGACUGGGGUGAAGUGGACUACCUGAUUGUAGAUACACCUCCAGGAACAUCAGAUGAACAUCUGUCUGUUGUGCAGUACCUCAGUGCAACGCACGUCGAUGGGGCUGUUAUAAUCACUACCCCUCAGGAAGUAGCACUUCAGGAUGUUCGGAAGGAGAUCAACUUCUGCCAUAAAGUGAAACUGCCAGUCAUAGGUGUUGUGGAAAAUAUGAGUGGCUUUGUAUGUCCAAAGUGUAAGAAAGAAUCUCAGAUCUUUCUGCCGACUACUGGAGGUGCAGAGAAGAUGUGUCAGAAUUUAAGUGUUUCACUCCUGGGUAAAGUGCCUCUAGAUCCUCAAAUAGGGAAAUGUUGUGACAAAGGCCAGUCUUUCUUGUCUGAAGCACCUGAGUCUCCAGCUACAUCAUCGUACAGGAACAUCAUUCAGAGAAUUCGGGAGUACUGUGAUCAACACCAUCUUCCAGAAGAAAAGAUUAUUUAAUCUAGGAAUGGAAUAAAAAUGUAGUUCCUGUUUAAUUAUAGAAAAAUAACUUACGCCUUGAAAUAAUAGAAGGAAUGUAUUCUUUUUGUAUAUUGCAAAUAAAUUCUUAAUGCAAAUGUUCUUGCCUUAGGUUCUUUCCAUAGUUAAGACUCCUAUAGUUCAUAGGUGGUCUCAAACCUUGCUAUAGCGCUGUAAAACUGAGUCAUCAGCUGGGUUGCAUAGGUGCAGUCUGCAUCCUGUGUUGUCAUAUUAACAGACUAAACGUGCAGCUGGUGUUUGAAGACAUGCGUGCAUGAGAUUUUAUUUAGAAAAUUGAAUAUAAAAUGCACUUCUUUGGUAUGGGGGUGUUGUAUCUAAUGUAUCUGCUACACACACGGUAGCAUGGGCUGUGACACCUGCUCGCUUGUGCUUUCACUGAUAACACCAUUUCAGUGGAAAAGAUUGUAUUUUGAGUGAGAUUCAGUGCAGUAGUGUCUCUUCUUUUUACAAUUGCCAUCAGUUUUAAAGUAAAAACCUACUGGAAUUUAAGUGGGUUAAUUAUAGUACAGUAUUUUAUUUAUUACAGGUAUUAGAAUAGGGUUAACGGACUGUAACUACACGUAACUGGCUGCUCCACACAAGUACUCUGUGAACUUGCUGAGUGACUUUUGUUCUUCCUUCAACGUGACUGUAAGCCUGAACACUUAAAAAUAAACAUUUAGUAUCUUUGAGAGGCCAUUUGUGAUUAUAAUUCCUCUCUGUUUUUAUUGAGGAAUCAAAGGUUUGAGAAACCAGCAUUGUGUUCCAGGGGGAAAGGCAGUUUGGUUUUGUUUAUUGUAGUUCUAAAAUAAAACAAAUGAGCAU